CGGACUCACGUUUUGCCUCAGAGGGGGAGUAUCUCGCGCAGCUGUGGGAUUAUCACAGGAGGAUAAUCCACGCUGCGGACCCCUACAAGAGGCAACUGGAGGUAGUGUUUGUUGAUCACUUUUUGUCAUCCACUACCUCCACUGUCAGUUUUAUGGACAUAAGAGGACUAAAGCAAAUAAUUACAGAGCUGAGGGCGAGGCUUUGUUUCAAACUGUUUGGCAUGGGCGGUCCGGGCAAGGGAAAUUCAGCUGCCCUCCUGGAAGCCCUCACCACUUGGUGUUCUCGGCGUCAGCGGCCUUUCCCGUCGAUGUUUAUUGCCAAAUCGCUCGAUCCUCCUUUAAGGGAGAAACGGCACCCUCGUCAUCUUCACCCCACCACACCUCCACUCUCUCCUGUGGCAUUGGCUGAAGCAGCUGUUAUUGGACCUGCAGCACGGAACGCCGCAGUGAGUAAAAUAGACUCUGCCAUCAGGACUAAUUCAUUCACUAAGACCUGGAAAGUUCAGAGGAGUUCUUCUGUGUUGACUGGCAAUUCUAAGACUAUUUUUGCUGCCAAGCCGCCUCUCUCUGAGAAGAAAUCUGGUGUUUCUUCUUUUCUUGAUUUUAAAACUGAGAAGACUGAGAUCUGUUCCCCUAUGUUCAAGACUGUUAGCUCAGCCACAGUUAGCUUAGAACCUGUUAGCUUGGAAACUGUUAAGCCUGUGUCUGUUAACGUAACAACUCUGAUUUCUGAGUCAAUGGAUUUUGAAGAUGUUGACCCGGAGUCAGCGGACUCAGAAGUAAUCAACCCCAUAUCAGGGAGCUCAGAGCCUGGAGGUUUGGAGUUAGUUGACGCAGUGUUAGUGGACCUUUCGGCCCAGUCAGGCUACAUAGACAGAGAUUCUCCCCAGGGCUUCCCCAGAGGCUGAGUUUGAGUCAGUUGCCACCUCUGCACCCCUGGAGAAAGUAGAGCCUGCUAGGUUUCUGCCGUCAGUCCAGCCUGUAGUUCAGUCCUCUACUCCACCACCUGUUACACCUCCACCACAAUCAUAUCCGCUCCCCAUAGGUCGGUCCUUAGCUCAGCUCUCUGUAGCUCAAUCCCCAGUGUCCCUGCUAGCUCAGCCCCGUGUUCAGUUGCCGCUAGCUCAGUCUUACCACUCCACCACCUAUUACACCUCCACCACAAUCAUCUCCGCUACCCAGUAGCGGUUUUUGAUACGGGCGACACGGGCGGUUGCCCAGGGCGGCAUCGUGGUGGGGGGCGGCAUCACGGACAUCGGCAAAAAACCCAAAACAUUUUGCUCGUACUCAUGCUGCCCCGACAUCAGCCAGCGCAUAUUGGGAAUGUCAUAGGCACCGAUCGGUUUUCUAUCGGCCAUUUGCUGGGAGUAAGGGCGCCCUCGUUUGCGAGGUGCGCCUGCUGCUUGCAGCACAGGGAGUAGAGGGCGGGGCGGCGGGGAAUUCUCCGGCUGGAGCAGCAUUUAAUAACCAACUCGCAAAAUAAAAGAAAAUAAAAACAAAACAACAAACACGUAAACACCAGACAUUAUGAUACAGACUGCGCCUGCUCGCUGCUGUGCUGAAGUCAAAGUAAACUUUAUUGUCAUCUCCCCUAUACACAGUACAGUAUAUAGAGAAACGAGACGACGAGGCUCCAGUUACAGCAGUGCAAGUAAACAAUAAAUAUAAGAAGAGUAAGAAAAUACAUAUACACUUUAGUACUAGGUGUAAAGGGAUCAAUAACAAUUUAAAAUUUAUAUUUUACAGUUUGAUGAUUUAAAGUCUCACACACAACCUGUCGAAAGGGGAGGGGGGCGGCUUCUUCCAAAUAGAGCACAUUUCAUUCAUAAUGUUGUAAAUCCAAGCCCAUUAUGUAUUCAUGAUUUGAAUCCUGGGUUGUGCAAAAUCCCAGAACCAAAUCUGUGAACUAAGGUGGAGGUUUAUUAGGUUAUGUUGUGGUGAUCCUCGAGUUGGGGGAUGGGUGUUCAUACUGGAGUGCAAAAUUAAAACCAAUGGAAGAUGGACAAAGUUCAAAGCCAUCAGGUGCUCAGUUUAGAAAAAAAGAGAAAAGAAGAGGAGAAACGAGCAAAAGAUACCGGAAAGCAGAUGCGUCACUGGAUAAUGGCAGGUCAUGUAUCCUGAAACAAUCAUUGAAAUUAUGUGGGUUACAGUUGCUCCAAGAAGAAAUGAUAAAAAUAGUAACAGUAACAGACUAAACUCCAAACAAUACAUUAUGUUACAGAUUUGACACAUUUAAGAAAUAGCACUAAUAUAUACAGAUCACUCAAUUAUAAAUAUCAAGGAUUAACAGAGGUGAUUAUAAAUAAAUAUCAAGAAAAUUGACAAGAAUAUUACAGAGUAGAAAAGAGCGUGUGUAAAAAGGGUGUAGCUAUUGCAGUGUUUACAGUGUGUUAGAUGGAGGAGUUGUACAGGGAGAUGGCCACGGGCAGGAAUGAUUUCCUCUGUUGGUCAGUGGUGCUUUUUGGUAAUCUCAGUCUCUCACUGAACAUGCUCCUGUGACUGACCAGCAUGUCAUGGAGUGGGUGGGAGGUAUUAUCCAUGAUUGUCCUUAUCUUGGACAACAUCUGACUCUCAGACACCACCCUAACGGAGUCCAGCUCCACCCCCACAACAUUACUGGCCUUGUGGAUCAGUUUAUUUAGUCUGUUGGCAUCUGUGACCCUCAACCUGCUGAGGGAGUUUUCGCCCAGGGCGUCAAACAGGCUAGGACCGCCACUGCCGCUACCUGUAGCUCAGUCUUCAGUUCUGUCAGCCAUUCAGCCACCUGGUCAGCUACACACUCAUCCAGGGGUCUCAACGCCUUCUGGUCCUGCUGGAAGCUUGAGUGAGCCAAUCCAGCACUUCGCUGUCUGUCCCCGCUGGCAGUUCAGGAGAACUGUUUCAGCCGUCCGUCCCGCUGGAGGGUCCGAGGGGCCGGUUCAGCCGCCUGCCUCCACUGGAGGGUACGAGGGACCCGUCCAGCCGCCUGCCUCCGCUGGAGGGUCUGAGGGGCCCGUCCAGUCAUCUUCUGUCUCAGCUGGGGGUUCAGGAGAACCCAGCCAGCAUUCUGUCUCAUUAGCUGGAGGUCCUGAGGAGCCCGGCCAGCAUCAAGCUUCGUCAGCUGGGGGUUCUGGUGAACCCAGCCAGCAUCAUGUCAAGUUAGCUGGAGGGUCCGAGGAGCUUCGUGGGAAAAGAUAGUGGGAGUUCUGCCCAGCCACAGCCUGUGGGACAGAAACCUGUUGUAACUAAAAGCUACAGAGAGUUGUGUGUGUGCAGGGGUAUAAAAGAGGAGCUGAGACAUCCCAAGGGCAGAGCUGGCAUGCCUGUGAACUGUAAUUUUUCAUGUGUGUGUUGGCUCUCCUGCGCAGUAAUAAAUAGCUCUUUCCGUGUUGCAGACUUUAUUUACAAAAUUCCACGACAGUCUUCUCUGCCCGUGUGUUCCCUCUGUGUAAAGUCCAUGUUUCUUAGUCUGCGUCUUUGUGAAUUGUUUCCUGUUUUAUUUUGAAGGGUUAUGUCUGAUGUCAGUGUUUCUAGCUUCGCUCCCCCUGUCUCGUUAGGUCUCAUUCCUCCCAGCUGUGUUCCCCUGCUGUCUCUAAUUCCUUGAUGACUUCCUCAGUGUAUUUAAGCCCCGUGUUCCGUUGUGUCAGUGUCACAUCGUACCCUUAGAAUUGCCUGUGUGUUUUUGUGUUAGCAAGCUCAGUUUGAUUCAUGUUUUGUGCCAGCAAUAAAGCUGUGGUUUUUGAGUUGCAUUCAGUCUCAGAGUCCUGCAUUUGGAUCCUCACCUCUGCCUGCCUGCACACAGAGCCCUGACAAACUCAGCUGAAGCUCUUCUUCUCAGUUUCUCUGGCAGACAUUCAUAAAUGUCUCUGAGCUUCACCAAAGGCUGAUGGCUGGGUUUUGGCGCCCUUUCAUGUCAGAAGCUCAGAAUGCAUGACUGAAGCUGUGACUGGCUGGGAAUCGUUAGUCGGAGCUUAAAUAAAUCAUGAAGCUCUGGCAAGCAGCUGAUGUCACACUCUGCUGGCUGCGGAUUGGUCCACGGGCAGCAGGUGAGCAGCAGGUGUGCUGACACCUGAAACGUUCAUCGAUCAUUCAGCAGCUUCACUUUGUGUCUUCAGCAGCAAAUGCUUGGGUUUCAACUGGGACAGAGUGAACGGAGAGUCCACCACAGUCCAGAGUAUCUGUGCUGAUCCAGGAGCAGGGUUAGCCAAGAAAACAAAGAACGCUGAAGUCUGACUCAGUUACCAUGGUCACUGACCUGCUUCCUGUCUACUCCUCCUGCUGAGCCCAAAGUCUGAUCCUCGGUUUAUUCUGGUGCUGAAAUCAUGAGAGGAUUUCAGAUCUGCGCUCGUUCCUUGAUGAGUUCCUGACCGAGUGUCACUGUUUUUGUUUCAUAAUCUAUAACUAAUACUGAGUCUCAUCAUGGAUCCAGACUCCAUCGAGAGUUUCAAUCAAAUCUGUCCAUCGGGCUACAGAACUGCCAUGAAGCUCCAGGCUCUGCAGAGACUCUGUUGCCUGGACACCGUGUUGGUGCGACACGUCACAGCGGCUCUCCACUCAGGGGGUGGAGCUCAGCGUGACGUCGCAAUGAGCAGACAGGAAGUGACCUGCGCUCUGAACAGGAUGUUCCACAGCGCAUCACAGGAAGUGCCAGUUCAUGUGACUGCAGCAGCUACCGAGGAGACAUGCAGUCUGAUGUUCAGGUUGUUUGACCGCAGUCAGUCCGAUGAAGUUUCAGGUCGCUCUCUUCAAACCGCUCUGAUCGCUCUGUCCUCAGAUAACCUGCUGCUAAAGUACAGAGGUCUGCUGCAGGUCUCGACAACCCCUUCAGGAUCCAUCAGCAAGCCUGGACUCAGGUGUUUGCUGAUGGACCUCAUCCAGGUAAAAAGCUCACACUACAUUUCCCAGCAUGCCUCUGCUGCUGCUCUCUGUAACGUAUGUUUUCAGGUUCCUGCGGCAGUUCAGGAGGAAGUCGUGUUUGACGAUUUGGAGGCGGCGGUUCAGUCGUGUUUUAAAGGGGUGUUGACCCCAACGGUGAGCAAGCAUCAUCUGUUGUCAUGGCUGCAGAGUGAGCCAUGCCUGUUGCUGUGGUUAUCCACUCUGUACCGGCUGUCAGCCAGUCAGAGCGUCCAGCACAACGUUCGCUGUCACAUCUGUAAGACCCGCCCCUUCACUGGGCUCAGGUAUCGAUGUAUGAAGUGUGUGAACGUCCAUGUGUGUCAGAGCUGCUUCCUGACUGACCGCCAGACCAGGAAACACAAAACCCACCAUCCAAUGCUCGUGUUCUGCAAGCAGCCCACCUGGAGAGAGUCUCUAACCUCGUUGGUGCGCAGUGCUCAUCACACCUUGCUGCCACGGCGACACACUCAGAGAGAAGCUAAUUGGAAGAGGGUCCUAAUGUGGGAGGAGCCAAGCGAGACUGAGAACAAAGGACCACCCACUUCUGAUGCCUCAACACGAUUGGUUGGCUCGGCUCACAGCUCCUCCUCUGAGAGGGGUGUUUCACAUGGCGCCUCAGAGGCUCCUCCUCCUCGCUGCUCUUCUUCGUGUAAAUCUCUGCAGACGAAUGAGGACACGUCCAGUCAGCAGGCGGUGGCGUUGCUGACAGACGUGAAGAACCUACAGAGGGACCGAUGGCUGUUGGAGCAGGAGCUGCAAACGUUUCGGCUCACCGUCCAAUCCGAGCAGGGCAUCUUGGAGGAAAGGUGCUCUGAGAUGGAAGUUACCGUGGAAACAUUGACGCGGUACAAUGCCCAACUGCAGGGCAUGCUCACACAGGCUCUGAACAAGAUGGAGGCUCAACAACACGGCAGCAACAUGCCAAACAGUGCCAACACGGAGAACACAGAAAGAGGAACCAUCACGCCAACUUCUGACACUCUGAAAAGCACAGAAGAAGAAACAGAGGAGGAAGAGGAGAUAGAGGAUGAGUGGAGCCAGGAAGAACUUCAAACUCAAACAUCUCCCACAAUCCACCAGGGCUCACCUCCCUCACCUGAUGGAGACUGUGAGGAGGAGUCUGCAGGUCGCAUGUCUCCACAUCAUCCAGUAGAGCUACAGCAUGGCCCUGAGGAGGCGGAGCUACAAGGAGAACGAAACAGUCUGUCUGAAGAAGAGGAGGAACAUGGGCCACGUAGUUCAGAGACGCUACUGCAGGGGACUGUAGAACGACUGAAGGCUGCGCUGGAGACACACAGGUGGACUCACACAGGUGAGAGGACGAGGGCGGAGCUUCUGCAGGCUGCAGAGCAGGUGGGAGACUCGAUGCUCCACCUGGUCGACGCUAUGGAAACAAACUCACCAGCUGAUUCGUCCAGCUUAGAAAACUUUAUUUAAACAU